AACGUUAUAAUGUAUGUAUAUAAACCUGUCUCUGCAAGUAGCUUUUUCUGAUUGAGGACAUAAAUUGCGCACAGCAUGAACGGAAAUGUUGCUCGACCAAAACACUGGGAGCAGAUGACGGAAGUUUAUUAGAAAACCGGAUGUUACUAUGGCUUUUCCAAGGAGGAUCCUAGGAUAAAGCCUUAGCCUUAGCCUUACUUCUAUUUUGCGAACCAGUGUGUCUGGGAAUAUUCUUACAUUACAUGUUUGAGCACUGCUCUUUGAAGAUGAUUCCCUGUUUAUGACAUUGCUGGAUGUGCCAGUUAAUGUAGACUAGCUAGAUUAUCUAGAUCUAGAUCUAGAUUCUAGAUCUAAUCUAGAGACUUAUUAUUAUUCAUUUCGAAUGUCUUGGAGUUUCUGAUAAAGAGUCCGAUUUUUUAUAAGAAGUAAAUUUCAGACGAUGAUGUGGCGGUUUGGUGUGGUCUUGUUGACUUUUCUAGUUCAGGCUGUGCCUAUAUUGUCAUUAUGCUUGUUCCAGCACCUGUUCCCCACAGCCAAGCAUCAGGCCACCCUGACCAACAGCGACUACCCAGAGUUUUCCUGGGGGGUUCAAUGUUUCAUCUGGUCCUACACGGGCGCUCCGGGAACAAGGGUUAGAAUAAGCUUCAUGGAUGUGGACAUACCCUUGGGCUCUGGCAAUUGUGAGGAAGCGUCUCUCAUGUUUGGGCCAGUCGGUGACAGGAAGUACUGCGGAGACAGCCUUGUUAAGGACUUCCCAUCAGUCUACGUGACUUUGACCAGUAGCCAACAGAGGGUCUACGUUCUGUUUAACUCCACCUCUGAACAUAGCCGCUCCCGGUUCAGACUAAGGCUAGACAUUGACCCUGCUGGAGACGGUGUGGAGAGAACAAGUCCUGAGCCGCCAACAGCAAACAUGCCACAGACCUCUCCAUACUACACCCAGGCGGACAGCUCAUCACGCUUUGGCACAAACUCCUGCCAUUCUCUGCUCACAUCGACCACCGGCGAGGUUAGGAGCAGCAGGGUUCUGACCUCGCUUUUGCUCAGCAGAGGUCAGUGCUCCUGGCUGCUUCGCACCCCACACUCCCCAGGCACCGUUGUUCACUACCGCCUCAACUUCCAGUACUGCCAUCUGUACAGGAACGACAAGCUCAGUGUGUACAAGGGCGAGGAGCCAACUGGCCACCCCUUUGCCACCUACGACGGGUACGGUCAGUGCCCGUUCUUUUCCGUCAUCAAGGCGGAGAGUGUGCUCAUCACGUACAAGCCCGAUGAGCGCUGGGUCAGGACCAUGGGACCCGCCAACUUCACCAUAUCCUACGUGGCUAGUGGGCCUGACACAGAUGACAAUUUGAUGAGCACCCCAGAGCCAGUGAUAACUUGGACGACGGUGCGAGAGGAGACAGGUCAGGACCACAGGAAGACCUGUAACUUCCUCAUUACGGCCAGCAUGGGUGUGGUCAACACCAGCACAGAUCUGACCUUCCCUUUGCUGGCUAGUGGUCAGUGCUCCUGGCUGCUUCACACACCCCACUCCCCAGGGACGGUCAUCUACUACCGUCUCACCUUUAACAACUGCCACCUUUAUAGGAACGAUCAGCUCAGAGUGUACAAGGGCAAGGCACAGACCGGCUUUCCCAUGGCCACCUACGGCAAUGGUCAGUGCCCAUACCACUUGACCGUUGAGUCAGAGAAUGUGCUGAUCACCUACCAACCUCAUAACUUGGGCAGCUCUGCAGAAUUGGCCAACUUCUCCAUAUCUUUUGUCAGAGAAACAACAGUCAACUGUUUGCCCGGUCACCUGCCAUGUGGUCAAGGAGAGCGGAGGUGUUACCGCAGGGAAAAGUCCUGUGACGGUGUGUGGGACUGUCCAGUCAGGGGAGGGGACGAGAAGGGAUGUUCCAGAUGCCCCCAACACGAAUACAGCUGUAACUUGACCUUGACCUACUGCUACAGGGAGGAAGACCGCUGUAACGGCAAGGAGAAGUGCUCCAACUACAUGGACGAGAUGAACUGCACUCCCCAGCAGUGCUCCAAAGAGAAGGGCCUGUUCCUGUGCAAGAACAAACGUUGUGUUUUUGAGAAGUGGCGAUGUGACCACACCCGCGACUGUCAGGACGGCAGCGAUGAGGAGAACUGUUCCUCAGUGCCGUCGACGCGUGUGAUCGUGGCAGCGGUUGUCGGAGCUACGAUGUGCGCCCUGUUGUUGGUGAUCGUGCUGGGCUGUAUCUGCAAGAUCUUCUCGGCCCGCAUGCAUCAACUGGAGGCGGUCGCCCACACUGAGACGCCCCUCACCCGGCUACAGGCCGAGCUGUUCCGUCGUCGGGCCCCGCCCCCUCCAUACAACGAGGCCAUGGUGACCUCGCGACCCUACCACCAGGCCUGUCAGGAACUGUUGGCGCAGGGUCAGAUGGGGGCUGAAGGUCACGAGGCCACGGCGCAGACACAGGACAGGGGAGAUCAGCGAAGGGGCCGGAGACACAGGAACAGACGCUGCAGCGGACGUCAUCGCCGCACCGGGGGGCAGUCGGCGGGUGUGUCUGGAGAGCUUACUCACCAAGGAGAGGUCAGUCCACACAGCGGUCAGCACCCCAGUGCAGCGGGGGAGGCUGGCGACUUGAAUGUCCCACCCCCCUACAGCGUCCUUGACCCCUGCGCCAACAACCCCUGGCCUUACCUUGACUGCUCCAGCUCCACUUCGGAGGAGGACUGGCCGGAGGAAGACUCCGUCCGUCACCGUGGCGACGACGAUGAUGAUGUUCCUUUGCUGGACUUGGGGGCUGGGGACGGAUCUUCUGUGGACAUGGAGAUGACUUCUGCUGCUGUUGGGGGUGGUGUUUCGAACCCUAGCCUUUCAUUCCAUGACACGCUCAGCCGUAGCGCUCCUGCACUUGCUGACACGCACGGUGAGGCCAUACGACCGUUGUGCACGCUCUUAGAGCUGGAGGAGGAGGAGGAGAAAGAGGAAGAUACUGCCAGCAGAAGUCUGUCCAUGGACUGGGAGCCGAGCUCCCCCCCUCCCCACCACUGUGCUGACAAACUGGACGCCACCGCCACGGUCAUCUCUGAGGACUCGGACUCUGAGUGUAUCCUGGGGGCUGACCACGAGGGCGACAGGGAUGCUGCUGUAGCUCAUGAGGAGGAAGAUGAGGAUGAGGAGGAAGAGGAUGAUGGGGAUGCAGGUGUGGGUGUGGAUACAGAUUCAGACACCGCAGUUCUUAUUCCUUAGGCCCGAGCCCCUUACCCCUCGGCCUGCCACUCCUCAUUCCUCGCAAAUGGUUGGCUGAGAAAAUCUCUGCUGCAUUCCUGAAAUGUUUGUUUGUUUUGAGUGUGUAUAAGACACUUGCUUAUGGUUUUCAUGUAGUUCAACGCAACCAAAGAGCGGAGAACUGAGACGAAAUUCUCCCAUAGUGGAUAUUUGAGAAACCUCUUGGUUUACUUUGGAUUAUUUUAAUUUCUGCUGAGGAUUCAGGGGCAUGUGAGAAUUUGGGGGUGUACUUUUGACAAAAUGUGGGCGCUUAUUUACUUUUCUCAAAGUCUAAGGGCUCGGCAGUGCUUCCACUCUUACGUAUUUUUACGGUGUUGGGGGCUGAAGGUACUUUCUGUACUUGUUUUUCCAUCAUUAUCAACUCCCUCCGUAAAAAACUGUGACAGUGUAGAUCUACCGAAAUUCUGAAGCAAAAAAUCCGUGCUCGACUUCGUGCCGUCUUGUAUAAUUUACGGUAAUUGUCUCGACAAUAAAUCAGUGUUAUAGAGACCUGCCAGAUUGCGCAUUUCCUGCAACCGGCCAUUAUUCUGCUAUGCCCCAUGCGUUCAUUGCGGGUUGGUAGGCAGUACAUUUUUACCUGGAGAUUGAUCGAAAUCUGGUAAACUUUUUGUGACAAUUUCCUCCUUUCUAUCAUUCACUCAUUCUGUCUGUCUAUCUUCGGACUGUUGCUGCGGCUGGAAAAUAU